AUCACGGCUUUCUAUAGCGCGCAAGCCUUUAUCGUUUUGUUUUGUAGAAUUCGGUAAGUUAAGUGGAUAUCUUUGAUAAAUCGACUAUGCUACGCGUAUGCCGAAUGAAAUGUUAGCUGAGAAAAAGCGUUCACGCGUCAAAGAAAGUGUGUGGGAAAAUGAGUUAACCGUGUGUUAACGCGCAGUGGUCAACUAUCCGUGCAAGUUUAGCAAAGGAAUAUAUAUCCAUAUUCAAGACGUGAUAACGUCAAGUAUUUAGAAAGACGUAUUUAGUCAUUGAAAAAUGAGUGCGUCGGCCUUAAAAUCAACGAUACCUGGAGUAGGUACCUCCCCAACUUCUACCAGUCAUUCUAUUCUUCCUAUGAAUGCAAUGGCACAAAAAGUUGUAUCAGGGUCAGAACCAGGAUCUAUGAAGCCUUUACCAGGAACUGGAUUAAGUUAUGUUACAUUACAACCACCCAGUCAACCAUUGAGCUUAGUACAAGAUCAUAGACCUUCUGUAUAUCAAACUCCACCUUAUGUAAGCAGCAAUUCUGAGAAAGAAGCAGACUUGGAUAAAUUAAUCCCUAACGGAGUAGAGAUUAUGAAAACUGAAACAGAACAGAACUUGUCUGUUUCUAUAAAGCAGAACGAAUCUAACAGAAAUAACAAUCUGAGUCCAGAUAAUCCUUCACAAGAUUCACAAAGAGAAGUUCAAACAGAACAGGAGAUGACAUCUAUUAAUUUAGAUUUUCCUGCAUUAUGCCCACCACUACAAAACAAAGUUGAAGAAAAGAAGACUCCUGUAAAUAAUGGUUCAAAAGAACCUGAUGGUAUUCCAAUUAACACAACUUUACAAACAAAAUUGUCAUCGCAUAAAUCAGAAGAUGUAUCAGUAAAACCUGAUAGUCAGAAGCCAAAAGUCGUGACUCAAAGCACGAAACUUAUAACUGAUAGUUCUGCAUUACCACAAACAAAUAAUCCACCAAAGGUUGAAACAAAGAUCACUGGUUCACCAAAAACAAAUAAGAGAAAAUCUAGAGAAUUAAAAGAUUUAAAAGGAGCAUCGGCAACUUCAGAUGGAGCAAGCAAGCCAAAAAGAAAUCGAAUUCAAACACAGCCUUAUCAAAGUCCAUUACCAGAAAUUGCAUUACUUGUGAAAAACUUAAAUAAGCCUCCACCAUCAAAAGCUUCUGAUGACAAACUUAUAGUAUUCUAUAAAAAUGAAUUUUUGGCUGUGAGAAAUGCGGAAGGAAGCUUCUAUGUGUGUCAAGCAAUGCAAAAUAUAUAUAAAUCUAGCAGAAGAAUUCGUAUACGUUGGCUUUCCCAAGAUAAAAACAAUGGAGAAAUAUAUUCACCAGAUUUUUAUGAUUACAUAGAUUUUGAUUGUAUAUUAACAAAUUUAAAUUUGAAUAAAAUUGAUAAAAAUAAAUUUCAACUAACCAAAAUAGAAUUGUUACGUACAGAAAAUAUUUUGAAAAGAGCAAUUGAUGUUGAGGCUGGUGUAUCUGAGAAACCUCGGGUAACAGAAGAACAUCCAGAUGGACUUGACCUUUCACUUUAUAAGGAUGAAUCACAAUUGAAGAGAAGAAAAAGUCACAACUUACAUAAACAAAAGCAAAGUUUACGUAAGAAAUCAAAACGAACUGAAAGCUACUCCGAAGAUGAUGUGGCUGAUGAAGAAUCAGGGAAAAAAUCACCAAAAUCCAGUCGUUCUAAAAAACGAACGGUUAACAAGGCUUUGGCAAUUGCAAAAUCAGUUGCAAAAGGAUCUAGUAGAGCAGAAAGAGCUUUAAACAGAAAUACAAAGUCUGGAAGUGAAGCUACUGCUGCUGCUGCUACUACUAAUAGUACUGCAACUACCACUACUACAGUAACCACAUCCACUACAUUAGUAGAUGCAACUAAAAAUAAUGCUGAUAUUAAAAAGAGUGAAAAUAAAAAGAGCACAAAGCAACAGAAUAAUAAUAACACGAGUGGUGUUUCAAGGACAAAACUACGUGCAUCUGCCCAAAACACACAACAAAGUAACAAAACAGCAGGUCGUCCAAAGCGUAUGGCUGCAACCACAGGUGUUGUGUCCACCGACGAAGCGACCCCUCGAAAAAAACCACGUGGGCGAGCAUAAGAUUAACGUAAUUUACUUGUAUUUCCUGUACUACAUCUAGAACAGAAUCUGCAUCGUAGGCAAUAUGUACACGUAGUACACUCUUUAAAAAUUGCGAUCGAUUUAUAAUGUAAUAUAUAUGAUCUCAAGAUUCUUAUAUCUAUCAGAUGCUGCAUUAUAUUAUAGUCCAACAAUGUGGGAUCAACAAUUUAUAUAACGAUGCGGCAAGUCGCAUUUAAAUGAAGAAAAAAAAAAAAAGACUCAGAGACUUAUAAGAGUGAUAUUGUGAUAUCAUACAAAAUUUGUACAUAUCGUCUACGUUUCAGAUUCCUACAGGAGAAGAAAGUCACGGAAUGUGUAUGAAGAACGGUACCUUGGUUGAGUAAUAACUAUCUACAGGGUGUCACAUGCUAAUGCACUCUUGCAAUAGUCUAUUUUUGAUGUUGUGAGUGAAUUGUACGUGAUUCAGUUGAGUUUAAUGUACACUUUCCAUUGGAUAUGAUAGCUAUGUACAAAUAUAUAUAUCUGGGGCUUAUAAUGUACUCUAUGAAAAGAUGAAAACACAAAAGAAAAUAGAGUACUAGAGAAUGAGAACAAUCCGUGAAUUAUCGAUCUCCAAGUUAUGGGUCGGUAGAUUUAGAAGUACAAUAUCUGUACAUUAUGCUGAAUCCUUGCUGUUUAAAAAAUAGCAUAUAAAAUGGUCCAGCGCCUAUAUUAAAGACAGGCAGAGAAAAAAAGUGCCCUCAACUGUAAAUCCUUGUCCUGUUGUUGAAUCUAUGGAUUCAUAAAGAAAGAACCUUAUGGCUGGAGAUGUAACGUUUUAACUGUAGUUUAUUUUUGAAUCAUUUAUGUCAAUGAAUUGCU